UUGGGGGGGACUACAUGCCGGCUACUUGGCCACACUAAACCUGCUUUCGACCGGCGUCGGAGCGCGCUUUUCUGGCCAAUUUGGAGUGAGAUCGCUACGCUGGAUGCAUUUUCCGAGGCGGAGAUGAUCGCCGUCGCAGAACCGCCGCUGGAGUUUGUACCUCGCGGCCGUCAGUCGGCUGCCGAGCAUCCUGGCCCCCAGGACCAGCCCCUUCCCCGAAGCGGCAUUCCCACUACGGAACACCUGCUGCUGCAGCGCCUGCAAAAUGUAAAUAUUUCUUCGGCUGGCGAAGAUUCGUCCGCUGGCCAGGAGUUCUGGGCAAUUCGAGAGCUGUAUGACGACUACGAGGCCGCCGAGGAGCGGGCCGCGCGGCGGAGACAGCUUAUUGAGAGGACGAAGCGUUGUGGACCCAACGCGGCGGCGGCAACUCAGCUCACCUCGUUACCCCAAAGCCUGUUGCAUCCGGCGCCGGAGCGACGCGAGGAACCCAUGUGCGACUAUAUGGUAAACAACGAGGAGGAGCUAUAUGUCAACCGAAACACGGUUGUUUGGACACAGGGCCUUGACGAUGAUGAUGACGGGGUAUUCAGACGAAUGUGCUUUACCUGCGAUUCACCUGUUAGAUUCGCUUGUUUUCUUAACAGAACCUUCGUGCGGGGUCGCUUGGCUCAGUUGAAAGCCGCCCUUCAGUCCGAGGAUGAUAAAUUAACGGCCAUCUGUGUUAUGGACCAGAAUGCGUUGAGGGUUUAUUGCGACGAUGGCGAGGAUUUCCUGGCCAACUUAGACUUUCCCGUGUCCCAGGUGUGGCAAACGAUACAUGGUCUGCUUUUGGAGAAAGAUUCCAGCAAUGCUCUGAUAUCCCAUUUGUCCAUACCCAUGCCGAGGUUGUUUUCCAUGUCGCAUCCUCUGCACGAAGCAUGUCCCGUGGUCCUAAAGACUGCUACUAAUUCCACAGGCUACAUGACCGAGCCGGAAUACAGUGUGGUUUUUACCACGGAGGAUUCCGAUUUAGUUCUGUUGUACGAUGCCAAGUUCUUUAAACACUUCGUGGCUAGGUUGCGGAAGGUCACGCCAGAAGAGGUGAACUACGUCAGCCAGCAACAGCAAGAGCUGGGGCAAACCCUUCUAGGUCCACGAGUGACGCCAGCUGGGGCACAAAGCUUUAAUUCCACCAAACAGACGGGAGCCACUUCAAAGGUCCAGAACGCGUCGUUCAUUAGCAGGAACAAUACCACCACUGGCCUGACGACUGCGUCGCGGUUUGGACUCAGCCAGUCGCAGUCUUUCAGUGGCAUUCUCGGCCAGUCCAAUCGCGCCUCGUUGGGAACGCCUCUGAGCCAGCUCCAAAACAGCUUCAGCCAGCACUCGAUGUCCGUGAAGGACAUGCGCAAGAUGACGCACGUGAAGCCAGCUAAGCCCAUCGAGCCGGAGAUGUGUCUGGAGCACCUCUGGACCGAAAACACCUACGGAACGCAGCGUGAGUUCUGCGAGAUGGCCUCGCGUGCGUUCAUCCACACGGACCUCGUGGGCCAGACGUUCCUUUGCUAUCUUCUCGCCCGCUCAUGUCGCCUUCAGCUGGUACGUUUGACCGGCUACGGAUGUAGCGAGAUACAGAUUUCCACACUGGCCUCCACAUUGUCGGCUAAAGACGCAGUAGGACUCAAUCGCCUGCACAUGAUCGCGGUCCUCGAUCCGAGCGGAAGUUUGAUUCUCUACACGGGCACAGUUCUCAUUUCCAAAGUACACAUAACGCCCUUGAUGGCGCCCACAACCAUACCCACGCCAUCGCCUGUGCCCACUCCAUCUCCGGCUCCUACUCCGGCGCAGUUAAAAACUCCUGUCGCCACAGUGGUAGCCUCUUCGAGCAGCAGCAGCUCCUUUGUAGAAGUCCGCAGGAGUAGUCUGCUGCCCACAAAAGCCCCAGCGGACCUAGCCGCCUUCGACAAGGAGCUGCACAUGCUGUCGCCUAUUCCGCCGCAGUCAGCGUCCUUCACACAGCGACAGGCUCAUAAUAUAUGCAAAUCGCUGAGAGAUCCAGCGGGGAAUAGGCUAACCUUGGUGUAUGCCACCGGCAGGAUGCUAAGGAUUGCGCUUCCCCUGUUGAACGAUACGCGGUUGCUGACCCGUUGUGUGGCCACUUUGCGGCAGGUUCUAAGCCCCGACCAGUUCCUGCACUUUGUGAUACGGUGGUACAGCGCCAGGAAUCCUCCGGGCUCGCGGGACUACUCCAUCGAGCAGGAGUGGCAGCUGUUCCGGGUAACACUGCUUUCGCUAAUGGGCCUGACAGCGGCACCCGACGUGGAAACGGUAGAGAAUUAUGAGAGAUGCGCCACUCCCCUGCUGCAAACCAAUCUCGCUGGCGAAAUCAUUACCUUGGAAUCGGGCUCUGGGUCCAACUGCAGUUCUACGUCCACUCUCGGCGCCCUAGACGAGCCAAAGAAGCGGCGGAAAUACAACGAUUGUGAGGAUUUCACGGACGACGAUUGGGAGUUCCUGUUGCUGCAAACGACUCUGGCUCCUUGCGGAUCGGAUAGCCACAGCUACAGUGUGGACAUUGGUGCGCCGCUGUUCCAGGUCAUACCCGCCAUCUUUUACAGCCUGCAUCUGCUGUACGAGGACCUCAAGCUGGACGCUGUUUUCAAUGCGGCGCUCCCCUAUUUGUCCACCUUCCUACACCAGCUAGCCGUCGACAUGCAGUUGGAGAGUUAUGUGCUACACUACAUACUGGACUUCCCUGAGCUGAGCCACCGCACUGGGAAGAUGGCCCUCUUGGGACCGGACCACGGGGCCAUGAUGAUGCAUCAGGAACUCUUAAGGGUGCCCGCUCCGUGUGUCUUUGCCCAACUUGAGCAUAUAAUAGUGGGGUUUGAGGAGGUGAUACCCUACAGCUAUGUGGAGAACGUCAACGAAAGAAGCCGGAAUCUCUUGCAGCUCAUUUCGCUGGUGGCUCAUGGUCAGGAGAGGCUAAAGCAUUGGUGGCAGCUUUUGGAGAUCCCCGAGGCCGUGCAGUCAAACUACCCUAGAAGAACGAAGCGGAGCAUUACGGCGGAUGCCCCAAGGUGUCACCAGUUGCUGGAGCUGAUCCUUGCUAUGCGGCUGACACGGCGGGACAUUGAACGGUUCCCAGCUGCUGUUCAUCUAAUUGUAGCGGAGGCCCUAGAGGAGGCUAGACUCUCGCCACCCGUCGGCUGCAGUAUGCAGACCUACGAGCUGAUCCUGCGGCCCGAGCUGGCAGCGCACGCCCAGCUUCCGUUCAUGGAGACAAGCAUCGGCCAGCCGCACUGCGGUCGGGUGUACAAGGAGGACUCCCUGUCGGCGAGGUGUCCUCCAGCUGGAGGAACCAUGAUGGAUCACGAGUCAGAGCAACACCGGCACGACGACAUGGACAAUAUGGACACAAAGCUGCUGAGGCUUCGCUUUCCCGACGAUAUGCGAGUGGAGGAAGUGCGUCGGCUGCUCAACUCUUCGGAGCCGGUACUAAUCGAGGUCCAACAGUCGCCGGGCACGAGCGACCACGAGUUCAUCGAGGAGCAGGAGAAGCAACUGUUCGCCCUGUGCGCCAGAACAAUGACGCUGCCCCUGGGCCGGGGUAUGUUUACCCUGAGGACUGUGCUGCCGCGCCCCAGCGACAGCUUGACUAUGCCGAAGCUCUGUUUGGUGGGCAGGGAGCCCCAGAAGGGCACCACCAUCGAGAUGCAGCAGAUCGAGUUCCCGGCUAACAUGCACAUGUGGCCCUCUUUUCACAACGGAGUCGCCACUGGCUUGAAGAUCUCACCACAGGCCCGGGACAUUGAUUCCACCUGGAUUGUUUACAACAAGCCCAAGACCCAAGCGAACAAUGCCCUGGAGCACGCCGGUUUUCUCAUGGCAUUGGGUCUCAACGGCCACCUCAAGACUCUGUCCUUUAUGAGCUUCUACAAGUACUUGGUCAAGUGCGACGAGAUGACCAAUCUGGGCUUGUUGCUGGGCAUUUCUGCCGCCCACCGUGGCAGCAUGGACACGAAGAUCACCAAGCUGCUGAGCGUCCAUCUGGAAGCCCUGCUGCCUGCCACGGCCAUGGAGCUGGACAUACCGCAGAGCACCCAGGUAGCCGCUCUGAUGGGCAUCGGCUUGCUUUACCAGGGAUCCGCGAAACGGCACAUUGCUGAAGUCCUUCUGCAGGAGAUCGGACGACCACCGGGCCCCGAGAUGGAGAACAGCGUGGAGCGGGAAUCUUACGCGAUGACUGCAGGUUUGUCGCUGGGUCUAGUGACCCUCGGACAAGGGGAGUCGCCGGCGGGUCUGAGAGAUCUUCAGCUCCCGGACACGCUCCACUACUACAUGGUUGGUGGCGUGAAGAGGCCCAUCAGCGGCUCCCAAAAGGAGAAAUACCGCCUGGCCUCAUUCCAGGUGCGCGAAGGCGACAACGUUAACAUCGAUGUUACUGCACCGGGCGCCACACUGGCCCUAGGAUUGAUGUUUUUCAAUUCCGGCAAUGAGGCGAUUGCCGAGUGGAUGCAGCCUCCGGAUUCCCGCUACCUCCUGGAUAUGGUGCGCCCGGACUUUCUGCUGUUGCGUACGAUAGCUCGGGGCCUCAUUCUGUGGCAGGAUGUGCGGCCAGAUAACGAUUGGUUCCAGGCCCAGUUUCCCUCUACGCUUCGUGUGCAUCUAAGGAUCCCCUCGCGGGAUGAGGAGUCCACCUCCGAAGACGGUGACGUUGACUACGAAGCCAUCACGCAAGCCUACUGCAACAUUAUGGCGGGUGGCGCCUUUUGCAUCGGCCUCAAGUACGCCGGCACCGAGAACAUGGAGGCCUUCGCCACCUUGCGGGCGGUGAUCAAGGAGUUUCUGAGUUUCCCCGGCUCGCCUAUGGGCGAAUGUGCUGGCCGCACCACCGUGGAGAGCUGCCUAAUGGUGCUUCUCAUCUCCAUUUCGCUGGUGUUUGCCGGCUCCGGUAACUGCGAAAUUCUGCGGAUCAUACGCUACUUGAGGUCGCGAGUGGGACCGCAGUAUCCGCACAUCACCUACGGAUCUCACAUGGCCAUCCACAUGUCGCUGGGACUACUCUUCCUGGGCGCGGGCAGAUUCACCAUAGCCCAAACGCCAGAGUCAAUUGCCGCGCUGGUCUGUGCCUUCUUUCCCAAGUUUCCCAUCCACAGCAACGACAAUCGGUACCACCUACAGGCACUGCGGCAUCUGUACGUCCUGGCAGUGGAGCCGCGACUAUUCCUGCCGCGGGACAUCGACACGAAUCAGCUGUGUCUGGCCAACAUCUCGGUCCUGGAAGUGGGAGCCACUGAGCUGAGGCGCCUGCCCAUAGCCCCUUGCAUUCUGCCGGAGCUCAGCAGCCUGCAGAAGGUGAUCGUGGACGAUGAAAACUACUGGCCUGUGUCCUUCGAGCGGUCGCGAAACUGGCACCAGCUUGAGAAGGCUCUGGAGAUGAGCGCCCCCAUCGAUAUCAAGAAGCGCACGGGCUGCCUGUCCCAUCUCGAAGACCCGGACAGAUUGAAGAGCAUGCUGGCCCAAACCCUGACGAUGGAGCAGAGCAUUUGCUGGCAGAUAGACAUGAACGACCUGCAGCAGUUCAGCAGCGAGCGGAUGGUGAAGUCCUUCCUGAGCCGAUGCCUCGAAACCAAGGGCACGGACCUGAGCUACUCUGAGCUGGUUAAGCGCCACCAGAUGAUGCUUCUCUUCUACAAUGCGGUGGUGAAGGAUCGGAUGCAUCUGCUGCCCGUCUAUCUAACACUCUACGAUCACGUAACCAAGUCCAUGGUGUCGAACAACGAUGUGUGGCAGCUGAAACUGAUUGACGCAUACCUAAGUCGGAGUAAGGAGUCGGAUCACCCGCUCAUUUCCGUGGAGCUGAUCCAGAUGAUGCAGGAGCUGUUCAAGCUGCAAAUGGAGGGCUCCACCCGGGAGCUGUGUAUUCCCUUGAGGGAGUUCCUUAGCCGGAAGAGGCUGGAUCCGAGCUACAUAACCACUGUCAGUGGACCGGACCUGCAGCGGGUGUUCUGCGUGAUCAACUACUACAACCUGAUGCCGAAUAUGCUGAGUGGAGUGGACCUGAGCACGGGAACGGUGACCCACCUGCGGCUGCUCUACGAGUUCCGACAAAUGAAUCUCGGCGCGCACACGGUCUUCGGUUUGUUAAAGAUUCUGCAGGCCCUCGCCUGCACCCCAGAGAUUGUGACCCUUGAUGAGGCGUCUGUUUUGGCCUUUUCCAUGGCCACCCAAUGAGCUCUUGGCGCAGAAUAUAUACAGUACAUAUAUACACCCACAUGUAUGUGAGCAGUUGGUUUACAUUGUAUAUUUUUUAGAUAGUUGUUCGCACCUCAGAGGUCAUCGUUUCAUUUUCCAAUUCGUCACCGUAUGUCGUGCAUGUGCGCCUGUCCAGAGUGUUAUCGGAGAUCUUGGAAGAGUUUCAGCCCUUGUGGCGCCUGUUUAACCUAAGUAAGAACUAAGUAUUACGUUUUCUUCAAGGAGAGUAUAUGGAGCAAGGAUAACUUCCGUAGUUCUGUUUGCAUUUAUGCUGCAAACUUGUCAUGGAUUCAAUAAAAUUGAUCAUUAAGUAUU